AUGGCCGAGCGUCCUGCGUUGGAUACGCUGGAUACGCAAUUGUCCAGUGGCUCUGCAGACGCUUUGGUAUUAGGACUAAACGAAUUACAUGCGUAUCUACGAAUCCAGCCGGAAGAGCUCGAUGCGUAUGGCCUGGCACAGAUCGCUGUGACCGAUGCAAGGAUUGCGUUUGCGCGCCAAGUUUGCGAAAGCGUGUCGGACCUUGUGCAGCACAUUUUGAACGCUUGGGAAUUGGCAGACCAGCGCAAUAUUUCUGUUUUGCGCUCUAUACCCAUGCUAGUGUUGGCGGAAAUGCUUGCUGUCUUGUCCACGCACCAGCCCUUUCAUGCGCUUGGCGAGGCAAUUAUGGAGCGAUUACUUGCGAGUGGGAACCCAUGGAUUGCGAAAAUGCAAGGGUACUUGUCUGUGUGCGCGCAGUAUCAAAAAGGGCUGAAGCGUGAUACGGGAACAGAAACGACCGUGGCGCUUGCCGCGCUGAAACUGCUGACCGCCAUGGCGAACUUUGCGCGCGGGAAGUUGGCCACUACUGUGUGGGAGCGCUUCCACUGGGCAUCUGACGUCCACGCUCGUCUUCUGCAGAUGCGGCGGCGCGGAAAAAGUGUACAGCGUGCGAGCAUCAGUGAUCCCGAUAUUCGCACGCAGUACAUUCUAUUCUUGCUCUCCUUUUUAUUGCAGCCAUUCAAUGCCGCGCUAAAAAUUGCAAUAUUGGAUCUUGGAUCUGAUGGACUGCCCAUGGUUCUACGGGGCAUGGUGAGCGAUGCGCCGAGCGUCGUGCAAACGGUUCUUCUCGUCUUACACGAAGAAUUGUUUAAAGAUCAGGCCGUACCGCGCGGCGCAAAAGUCAAGUGUAUUGACGAUGUGUCGUGUGCCUCGAUUAUCAAGUUGUAUACACGCGAAAAGGACGCAGUGCCGAACGGAAACUGUGUGGCAGAUGUUGCACAUCACUUUAUGCUCAGUAUCGCGACGCAUCCCGGGUUCGGGAUCUGCUACGUCGAUCGCGGCUGGUACGCGCCGCUGGAAAGUGCGGAAAAAGGCGCGCCGGCCCUGCAUAAUAAGGUGCUUGCAGGUGUACUUCGUCAACUUGCUGUGCUGGACGAUUUACGCCAGCAAGAGCUAGCGUUGCGUAUUCUGCGGGCGUGCCCUGAAUUGGUCGCAAGCUACUUUGCCGGCACGCAAAAGACCUUGUCUCUGGAACCGCGCUGCAAUAGUGCGUGGCUCGGGACAAUGGCGUUCGUAGGUAGGGUUCUUGGUCUGCGCAUCCCUACAUUGGACGCAUCGCCGCCCAAUACACCGCCGCCAAUGGCGACCAUACUGGGUAACACUGCGCCAGAAGUGCUGCUGCGUGCAUUGGGCCGCGGUUUGAAGCACUCCAAUGCGCUUGUUCAAUACUAUGCCUGUCUUGUUAUGGCGCGCACAGUGCAAAGAGCGGCUUCCUUCCGCACACUUGCUGAACAUACAGCGCAAACCCUGGAAGAGGACGAACACGGCGCUUGGCAAUCGACUCUUGCGAGCCUCGAACUGGAAUGGCGGAAACGAUACCCACCUGUUGAUGCACUGACGCAACUUGCAACAAAUACACAGCACAGCAUGCGGCAGGAAGCCGCGCUGCGUGUUCUUGCAUUGUAUCAUACCACACUGCUGAGCAUGACUUUUGAUACGCGCUACGAUGUUGGUCGACUUCUCACAAAUGCCGUUGUGGAGCAUGCAGCGCAUGGACUGCGUCUAGACCGACUAUGUCAAAUGCACGCGCUCCAAAUUCUUGCGUGUGCCACUGAGGGUGCCUUUGACUGGACUGCAAAAGCAUUCGCGCCCUUGGAAGGUCUUGCGCAGCGCUCCUACCUACACUUUUUGCUUGCCCUUUACUGUACUACUCCGUACGUGGCCAUUCGGAUUCGGUGCGAAACACUUCUGCAUACAUUGCUAGCGCCAAGCGCACUCUUUUUGCAAGACCCACGCGAGCUGGACGCAUGGCUCCAUUCACUUCCGAGUAACCAGGCGGCGCUCGCCAGUGUUUUAAACUUUUUGGACGAGAGUAUACUGCGGUGCUUGAAAACGCCACAUCGGUACGCUGAGCGAGCGCGUGUGUUGGUAGCCGAUGUUGUACCAGACCAAGACAUGCCUGUGCCUGGGCCAUUGCUUAUGGUGAUGGUAGAGCAGUGCACGAUUCGGCUGAGGCGAAAUUUAUUUAAUACCAACACAGGCGUCGACGCGAACGCAAGUGCACCGAUUUUGCAGUACCUCAAACGCGUCAUGCUACUGCUCAUUGCGCAAGGUAAGCCGUACGCUGCCUUCCAUACCCUUGCCAAUACGCUGUGCGAUGCGGGCGAAGAUACGACGCUGAACGUUACGGCAGCGGCGCUCAAAGGAAUGAAGUCGCUUUUGUCUUGUGUUGUCUUUGCGCCUUCGCCGAUCCCAAACCCUUCUUUAUUUGUCCACGUACAACAAGCAUGUGCACGCCACGAUUGGGAUGCGCUGUGGGCACUUGACCCUGUGCAGGAAAAUUUGUUCUGCGUGGAGGAUGCGUGGAGGGCGCAUGCAGCUCCGUCGCUUGCUGCGCUGGCCGUUUUGCACAGUUCUGUGGGAGUAUACGCUGCUGUAGCUCGCACUGCCGAGCAUGGCGCGUGGCGUAUGUUGUGGACUGUGCUUUUGUCGCGGAUCUCCCCUGUGAAUGUAGCAGCGCUACCAGAAAAAGAAGUGCUCCAUCAAAUUCCCAGCGCGUUUGCUGCGCUGGAUGCUUGGAGCGAGCGUGUGCUACUUUCUCCCACACACUUACAGAUGUACUUGACGCAGCAUCCCACCACCGUGGCAUGGCUGGAAAAACCGCGCACAGACCGCGCCGCGAAUGCAUUCCGCGCCGCCGCAGUCGCGUACGUGUGUAAACAUGCAAGCGAUCCAGCGUACAGUGUAUGCGUUGCGCCAUUUGUUCAGGAUGCUAUAGCAGGCAUUAUGGUGUCUCCCAAUACGGUGCUCAUCUUAGAGCUUGCGCAGAAGCUCGCGCCUCUUGCGAGCGAGCAAGUGUACGCGACAGUCGGCACACAUCUUUUGCGCGCGUUGGAAAACAAACCCACGCACCAAAGCGCACGCGCCCAGCUGGCCUGUUUGAGUGCGUAUACGCUUGCAAGCAUGGACCAUGCAGCGAGCACGCCUCUCUUGCUCCCCCUCUUGUGGCGUCACCUGUCCUCGCUGGUAGCAUUUCUUGUUUACGGCCCCGAAGCGUUUGCAUUACUGCGCCGCGUCCUUGCUUCGAUUUUGCCUGCGGGCCUAAAUGGCGCCGCUCCAAUGACGCGCGGCUCUCUAACCGCGAUGCGAUUUGCGCAAAGGCAAUUGAUAUCGCUGGCCCCGCUGCUGCAAUGCAAGUCGCACGAGGCCGAUGUGCUCAUGUUCCAGCUCUUGUACACGCUUCCUGCUGCGUACGAUGUAUUGGCCGCCGAGUUAGACGCGCACCCAGCGCGAGAAAUUGUGCAAGCGUGGCCCAAUACAGCGUGUGCACUACUCGAGCUAGCUGUGUGUAAGCACGACACCAAACGCUUAAAUGGGCUUGUUGAGCCCGUGCUCAAAGCAGCUCCUCGUUGCCUUGACGAGGCGGAGCGCGGCGCUCGGUGCGUUGCAAUCGCAUUGUUGUACACGCAUACGAGCGCGCAACCGCGCACUGCUUUGCAAUUGCAGGCAUUGCUGCAGAACAAGCCUGCCGUGCUUUUUCACGCCGACAUUGCAUGGCUCGUCGCACAAGUCGCAGUGAAGGAUUGCACGCUGCAGUAUGUCGACAUGGCGCUUCGAUGGAUUGUGCGUCGGUAUGCGGAAGAUGCACAAGAUGCGCAUUCCGUCCGACGCGCCGUCAAAGCGACUGGCGCACUCAUUGUCCAGUCCAACGUACAGCUUGCCGCUUCUCUUGUAGAACCCGUGCUUGCCGCCGCGGUCCAGCACCGGGCCGACGAUGCGGAUGCUCUGCUUUUUGCGACUAUCAUUGCAACGCAUACUUCGAUGCAAGGUGCGCACUGUGUUCGAUACAUGAACGCUCUCUUGUCUCACAGCGAUGUCCUGCUCACAGCGCGCAAUGCAGCGUCAAAGCAGGAGCAAGUGCUGCGCCAAAAUCUCUUGGCUCUUUUUGUACGCCUUGCCGAAAAAGGUAUCGAAGCGUUGGAUACGCCUGCGACCUUGGCACGUACACUAUUUCUGUACAAAGGCACGUUGGAGCGUGGGGAUCGUGCGUUGUUUGCUUUGUUGCAGCGUAUGGAACGCGAACGACACAAGCCAUUGCUGAACAUGUUGCGAGCGUGGAGUGCAGAGCAAGUCCUGGUUCCCUCGGUGCUGCAGUACGACUCGUUGCUCGCAGCAGUGCUUUCCUUGGACCCGCAAAUGGUGCAGCGUACCUAUGUGGAACUUCCACGUAGUGCAAAGCAAACAAAUGCUGCAUUGUACGACCCAUGGUUCAUCUUGAACCUGUUUGGCGGCGCUAUUAUGGAGCGUGAAUUGCAAGGCACAGACACUCAUCUCACUGGGCUUGAUUGGCUCGCCAUUUUACGCACCAAUGUUGUGGGAGUUGCACUUUCUGCGUGCUCUUCGCACCGCGCUCCGCUCCGUCAGUUUGCCUUGGUGUUGCUGGGGAAAAUGUAUGCGUGUGUUCAGCGCACGUCAUUCCGCGAGCGUGACUUGGUACUGUUAGUGCUGGAUCGCGUGCGCAAUGUUAUUCCACCGCCGCCGCCGACAUCCAUCACAGGCACAUACGGCGAAAUUCCAUGGCUGCCGUCCAUGGCCAUGCUGUUUGCCGCAAAGUGUCUGCGGUACGUGAGCAUGCCGAGCCAAGCAAUGUUCCCUGUACUCUUCCGUUUCCUCCUGCAAAGGCCGUUGCUGGAUGCGACCGACGUGCCGCUUUUGUACAAUCUACUGCACCCCACCUCGGAGCAGUUUUACCAAGAGCGCUCUUUCCUGCUACGUUUUCUCCAGGACGCAUUCGAGGCGCACGCCCAAGUUGCGCACGUACAGCCAGCAAGCCAAGGCAUCGCGCGUGCGUCCAGUGACUGGCGCGUUUUCAAGCGUCGUCACGUCUGGGACUUGCUGCAAAGUUUGUACGACGCCCUUGCCGCGAAGCCAGGCGAAGAGAUGCAUCGUGCGAAUGCAGGCGCCGAUGCGCGUGACCAAGAACGCCUGGAGGCCAUAUUUGCCUCCGCUGCACGCAUCCCCUACGUAGCACAGGAGCUUGUUACACACCGUGGCUUUCUCCAAUGGAUUGAGAUGCGCAUUGUCGCUGAGCGCAACACGGAUGCUGCGCGGUGUACAUUUUGGAUAUCCUUGCUCCAUGCAAUUUGCGCUGCUGCACCGACGCCGCCCACACCCCAAGUAGUGCGCAGGCUACACACGAUGGAUGCGCGCCAAGAUUUUGCCUUUGUGGUCACCGUCCAAAGUAUUGCGUGCCGCGCACUCUGCAUUGACCCGGUUGUGGAGCAACUCGACGCGAGCGGGCCGUUGCCGUCGUGGCUGCAUCUUUUGGCCGAGUUGGUAUACUCGCUUUUAGCGUACAAAUCGCUGUGCACGACACCGCGCGAAUUCGAGGCAAUCGAGUGCUUGCAAAGCGUCGCGCUCCUCGAACGUGCCACGGCUUGGCUUUCGCGCAUGCCAAGACAGGACGCGGCAAGCCUAAGCACCACGCUUCUGCAGAGCACGCUGCUUUUGCAAAAAUGUCCCUCUCUGAAACCUCGCAUCCAUGCACUUUUUUCCAAGCAGCUCGCGCUCGGCUUGCACCAUCGAGCCUACGCACCGCGCCGCUGGGCGCUCGACGCCCUUGCAGCACCUGUCCAUACCUCCACAUAG